AUGCAAGAUGAAAUGGCUUCAUUGGAUAACUUUGGAACAAUCUUUCUUAUUCUGCGUUAUGACUUGUCUCACGACCAACGGCCACACUGGGAACCUCGCCUUUUGGCUAUACCAUCACGCCCGCCACAGCGGGUUGAGACUUCCUGGGGAUCGACGCACUCCCGCUUAGCUUCAUCUGUUCUUUUCGGUGGCUUGCUUUCUUAUGCCGAGCCUGCAGCCCACAACUGGUGCCACCGGGUUAGGUAUAUCCAGGCAGGAAGGGUUGCCAAUCGUGCAUCUUUCGGUGCCAAGCCGCAAGAGCCGGGCAGGGCUGCAGCGUCGUCUGCUGAGCCCUCACCAGGGUUGAGAUUGGUACUGGUGGGGUUCAUGAGAGCCUUCAUUUGUCGCAGGCAACCAUCGCAUGAUGGCGGACAGAAGCAGUCUAGAACCUUGCCUUUACGAGCAGUAAGUCCAGCUGCAGUCGGUCCUCUUGGCACGGAAACGGGUGGUGGAGUGGGCUCAACGAGGGCCGACUCCCGUCGAAGAAGCGGGAACAGAGCGGCAGGAGGAAGAUGUCUUUUUUUUCUCAUCUGUUGUUGA